AUGUCGAAAUUUUUUAAAGUGAUUGUCAGUUUGAUGUAUGUGAUCGUUGAUAUUGAAACGGCAAAAAUAUUAGGAGUGUUUCCAGUUCCAUCUAUAAGUCAUCAAGAUGUGUUUCGUCCACUUAUGUUAGAAUUAGCAAAGAGGGGACACGAAGUUACAAUGAUAACAACAAAUCCAGCAUUCGCAAAAGGUCAAACUCCUCAAAAUUUUACUGAAAUCAAUGUGCACGACGUUUCGUACGAACGCUGGCGCGUUUUUUUUGCAGAUAAAGGAAAUGAGAAGGAUCGAAGUCAAUUAUUCUACUAUAUUAGCGAAUUGCUUUUAGAUCUAUUUGUUGUACAAUUAAAAACUCCAGAAAUACAAAAUUUAAUUCAUAGUGAUGACAAAUUUGAUUUAAUUUUUGUCGAAUCCUGUGUACGACCGGCUUUAAUUUUUUCAUAUAUUUAUAAGGCACCAGUAAUCGAAUUCAGCUCCUUAGGUGGUGUACUCUCUGCUUUUGAAACGAUAGGAGCAGCCACACAUCCACUCAUUUAUCCUAAUGCAAUGCAUAGAAGAAUUUACAACUUGACGUUAUGGGAAAAAAUUACAGAGUUGUAUAUUCAUUACAUGAACGAGCAUACUUUUACGAAAUAUGUAGAAACGGAAAAUGAAGUUUUAAAGUCAAUUCUUGGUUCAGACAUACCAGAUUUGAACGACUUGAGACAAAAUGUUCAGAUGAUGUUUUUAAAUGUUCAUCCAAUGUGGGAUUUCAAUCGGCCGGUUCCACCAAAUGUGCUUUAUUUACGAGGCUUGCAUCAAAAGCCUCAGCAUGAGUUGCCAGAGGAUAUUAAAUCAUAUCUAGAUUCUUCAAAACAUGGAGUUAUUUAUAUGAGUUUUGGUUCCAAUGUUAUGCCUUCUAAGCUCCCAUUAGAGAAAUUGAAGAUAUUUACAAAUGUGUUUUCUAAACUUCCGUACGAUGUUUUAUGGAAAUUCGAUAAAGACGAGCUACCAGGACGUCCAAAAAAUGUAAAAAUAUCGAAAUGGCUGCCACAGUCUGAUUUGUUGAGACAUCCUAAGGUAAAGCUAUUUAUAACACAAGGGGGCUUACAAUCUACAGACGAAGCCCUUUCUGCUGGAGUGCCUCUUAUUGGUAUACCGAUGCUUAGUGACCAAUGGUAUAACGUUGAGCAAUACGUUAGAUUUAAUAUUGGAAAAUUAACUUUAAUAGAAACGCUAACAGAGGAACAGCUAAUAGAUGCUAUCACGACUAUAAUCAACGAUGGAAGAUAUCGUCAAAAUGUUGUUAAGCUGCACAGCUUUAUGAAUGAUCAACCGCAAUCCUCUUUGGAACGCGCGGUUUGGUGGACGGAAAACGUUCUUCGUCACGGGGAAUUGAGUUAUCGCCGCACACCUAUAGCGAACAUAAAGUGGACUGAGUAUUAUGAACUGGAAAUAGUUUUUUUGUUGUUAAGUGCUGUGAUUUUACUAUUGUCAGUCAUAUCAUUAGCGAUUUAUUUGAUUGUUUCGAAAGUUCAGCAUUACACGCGUUUAAAUAUGUCGAAAAUAUUCAAAGUGAUCUAUUUGUGCGUGUGUGUGUGCGUUGGAGCUGAAACGGCAAAAAUAUUAGGAGUGUUUCCAACUCCUUCUAUAAGCCAUCAAGUUGUGUUUCGUCCAUUGAUGUUAGAACUAGCUAAGCGUGGACAUGAAGUCACAGUUAUAACGACAGAUCCAGCUUUUUCAAAACAUCAAGCUCCUCAAAACCUAACUGAAAUCGAUAUGCACGAUAUCUCCUACGAUUAUAUAAAUAAUUUACUGGUAAUCAAUGGAAACGAGAAAGAUCCAAUAAAACUCGCUCACAUAGUCUGUGAUUUCAUUUUAGGUGUAUUUGUGACACAAUUUAAAUCAGCUGAAAUUCAAAAUCUUCUUCACAGUAAUAGAAAAUUUGAUUUGAUAUUUGUUGAAUCUUAUGUGCGACCAGCGCUUAUUUUUUCACAUUUAUAUAAUGCGCCCGUGAUCGAAUUCAGUUCCGUAAGUGGUAUUUAUUCAGCCUUUGAAAUAGUUGGAGCAGCCACACAUCCUCUUGUAUAUCCAAAUGCGAUUCAAAGAAGAAUUUACAACUUAACUAUCUGGGAAAAGAUUACAGAAUUAUAUAUUUAUUAUUCGACAGAACUUAUUGUUGCGCAACAUGAACAAAUAGAAAAUGAAAUGUUAAAAUCAAUUAUUGGUUCAAAUAUACCAAAUUUGAACGAUUUGAGAAAAAAUGUUCAGAUGUUGUUCUUAAAUGUACAUCCUGUUUGGGAUUUCAAUCGACCUGUUCCUCCAAAUGUAUUAUACUUAGGAGCUUUGCAUCUAAAACCUCAACAAGACUUACCAAAGGAUUUGAAAUCAUAUUUAGAUGCAUCGAAAACUGGAGUUAUAUAUGUAAGUUUUGGUACAAAUGUUAAGCCAUCAAUGUUUCCGCCGGAGACGUUGAAGAUAUUUACUGAUGUAUUUUCUCAACUGGCUUACGAUGUUCUGUGGAAAUGGGAUAACGAUGAGCUUCCAGGCCGUCCAAAGAACGUUAGGAUUUCUAAGUGGCUGCCACAAUCAGAUUUGUUACGGCAUCCCAAAAUCAAGCUAUUUAUAACUCAAGGGGGCUUACAGUCCACGGAUGAGGCAAUAACAGCUGGAGUACCUCUUAUUGGUAUACCAAUGCUUGGUGACCAAUGGUUUAAUGUUGAGCAAUACGUUAAAUUCAAUAUUGGAAAACGACUUCUAAUAGAAACACUGACAGGAGAACAGUUAAUGGACGCUAUUAAAACUGUGAUUGACGAUACAAGUUAUCGUCAAAAUAUUGUAAAACUACACAGCUUUAUAAACGAUCAACCGCAAUCGUCCCUGGAGCGCGCGGUGUGGUGGACGGAACACGUCCUACGACACAGUGACGUUGAGUAUCGGCGCACGCCUGCCGCGAACAUACACUGGACUGAGUAUUAUGAACUAGGACUAGUUUUAUUGUUGUUAAGUUGUUUGAUUGUAUUUUUGUCAGUCACAGUAUUAGGCAUAUAUUUCAUUGUCUCAAAGGUUAAGUAUUAUACGCACUUAAAGGUUAAGAAAAAUUAAUAAAUAAAAUAUUAUUUAAUAGGUACAUACCCUAACUUAUUUUUUUUUAUUUCAAUACAUACACAUUUCUAAGUCAUAGUUAGUAAUGCCUGGAGCCUACUUAAAAAAGUAUUUCUUGAUUUUGAGUUUGAGUAGUUUACACUAAAUCAAAACUAGUUAGGUAGUUGUUGUU